AUGGCGACAAUUGGCGACGAGCAGGGGGUUCCAUACCCUAUGAUGUUUCUUACACGCCCCGGGGGGGGAGUGACAGCCAAAAAGGGGGUGUCAGUAGUGUCUGUCAAUCUCACUCACUUAGAGGUCACGGUUCCCACUUACUUUAGAUGUUGGCUUUGUAGAUUCCAUGUGUACCCCUCCGGCAGUCAAAGAACCCACGGUUGUUUGCCAUCUCCUCCUAUAACCCCCAGUCCACAGCCCGGAACUAACCUGUCCCUCAGUGGGGCGGACCCUGACCUGGAUGCCACCCUGCUUGCGAACAGACGUAAGGUCUACCUAGGCAUAACUGCAAUACUGACGGUUGAAUUGACACUCCUGGCACUGUUGAUGUACUAUGGGUGCUUCCUAAUCCCCACUAGAGCCCCGACAUCUUCCCUACCGUCUGACCAUGAGAACAUUACGCUACUGCCCAUCCCCCUCGACCCCCAGGCUCCUGGUGCACUGCCAAACCCAGACAGAUUAUUCUUAAUCAUCCACAGACACUGGAGGACCGUUACAUUCACUAUUGUUGUCAUAUUGGCACUAGGGUUAGGGACACUGAUCGCCCUGCCACUGUUGUUCCCCGUUAACAGCCAUCUUGCCAGACAUCUACGCGCCUCCACAAAGCAGACUAUUUUUGCAAGCCCAGUAAGCGACAGAUGUGUUAGGAGCUCCGGGAGUAAGAUUGAAUUCACUCAUGUUAGAGGACAAACCACUGUGUACCAAUUCGACCUCUGUAAAGUAAUCAGCUGUGCCGGUCCAGGGGCACCCUGGAGGAAAUAUAAUGUCUACCUGUGUCGCGUAGGUAAAGGUGCGGUGACUCGGCUCCGCCCGGCGUGUGGGACAUGGAAGGAUGUGUUCUGGACCACGCAGCCGGGCGGAUGGACGGCCUCCGCCAAGGACGGAGAAGCACGGCGGCUGAAGGCAUCGGUGUCCUUCGCCCGUGGCAAGCUGCUGAGUACCCCCGCGGACGGCAUGCUCAAUCCUUUACUCCUGACUAUCCGGGGGUUUGAACACAAUCCGUACUCUGUAAGAUCCGCUAAGGCCCAGUCCCAGUCCGGAUACCCCCGAUGUCUCACAGAUAGGUCAGAUAGCAGAGAUGAACAAGGUGUGUUUUUUACUGUAGGUGUUGAUGUAUCUGGGAAAGACCCCAUGGGCCUCAUCCGAAUCAACUUAGUCAACUCUUCCCGUACACCAGACAGCCCUCAAGGUACAGACCAGGCCACCGAGCCCAACCUGGUUCCUCACAACCAGUUACAGAUCACCGACUAUGUUGUUGCCGUAGACAUGGCACUUCUGGACCCCGCCACCAGAUUCACGGUGGGGUUAGGCGUGACCACUUCCAGGCAUAAUGUCUGGCUAGAAAGUGUUAUGGCUGCGAAGAAUGCCUCCGGUUUCUCGGAGUGCCUGCUGUGCAUGGGUCCCAAUUCUUACCUCCAUAUGUUUCAGUCUAUGUUCGAUGAAUAUCCUUCCAAUUUUUCACAAUGUGCCCUGUUAGCCAUGUCCUCUCUCAAAAUGUCAGGAUCCUGCCACCUGGUAGAUAACAUCCAUCCGCUGUACCCCCCAGAAACCGCGAACCCUCUGUUUGAUCUUUCAUUGACCAUGAAUUUCACCUGUUACACCCGCAUUCACUCACGCACAUUUCCGCCAGCCGCCCCGGUUGGAGAUGUUUAUCGGUCAAUCUGCAGGUCUGUAGUGGUAUUAGAUGGCGCCGCCCUGUCUAAUCUCACAAUAUCGAGAGCUGAUAUUUGGUGGUAUUGUGGUAAGGAUCAUCUAUUAGAUCGCCUCCCGCCCAAUUGGUCUGGAACAUGCAUAUUAGUCACCUUAGUGUACCCAGCUGACAUUGUCCCCAUGAACGAAGACUCCCUGGUGGCAUCUAUUGAAUCUGUCCGGUCCUCUUCCUCCCAACAUAUUGCGAAACACAAGCGUAGCAUCGGGGACCCCGUGGGUGAUGCAUGGUGGGAACAAGGGAGUCCAGUAUACAUUGAUUCGAUUGGCAUCCCCCGCGGUGUCCCGGAUGAAUUCAAGUUAGUAGACAACGUUGCCGCAGGAUUUGAAAGCAUGCCUUUGUGGUCAGCUCUCUUCCCUGUCACUCCCAUAAAAAACGUAGAUCGCAUUAACUAUCUGCAUUACAACCACCAGAGGCUUGCUAACGCCACCCGUGAUCUAUCUAUAGCUGUCCAUGAGCAACUUAGUGCAACCUCCCUCACGGCCUCCCAGGCCUUCCAAGCGGUGGACAUGCUGAUGGCAGAAAAAGGAGGUAUCUGCUCUAUUUUUGGCGAUCAGUGCUGUCUGCACAUACCAAAUAAUACUGCCCCUGGUGGGAAGCUCACCAGAACCCGCGAUGCACUCCGUAAUUUGGCAGACGAAAUGAAAUCUCACUCAGGAGUCGAUCUCUCCAUGUGGGAUCCCUUCACCAAGUUUUUUGGCAAGUAUUCAUCACUCGUGACAUCUAUCCUCACUUCUAUUGCAGUGUUUGCGGCCAUCCUGGUGUGUUGCGGUUGUUGCUGUAUCCCCUGUGCCCGUUCCUUGUGUAACCGUCUCAUUGUGACUGCCCUGGAGAAAAAGGGGGACUCUCCUCCUCCUCCUUAUCAGAUGCUACAAUACCAACCGGUCCCCACCUCUGACCCCACAGGGGAGCCCUCUAGCUCUCUCCCCUCUGCUUCUAGCCAUAGUACCGUUGAUGACGACCCAAACUCCUCAGUGUCCAUGGAAUUCAGGCUGUUGGGCGCCCAUUAA